AUGAGCCAAUUGCCCCAAGCGCAAGCGGUAGCGGCCGUGUCCGAAAACAACACAUAUGCCACCAUUGCCACCGCACUUUUCGUCGUUCUGAGCAUCUGCAACGCCAUAUUCGCACUCAUACCCACGAAAAGCCAUAUUCGUGUGGCUGUGGCGCGGCCUUCACGCGACCUGAUCUUCUCAAGAGGCACCACCGAGUCUCGCAUCAAGAUCGACCGCGGUCGGACGCACACGCACAUGAUGUCGCAUUCUUGGGAAGUGUCCCACCGGCGUCAAAUUCAGAUGGCCAUUUACAUGACAACACCCCCAUCGCCGCAACUUCAACUUACCAUGCCGAUCCUUCUACUAGAACGGCAUUUGAGGGUGAGCGGGGAAAUCUAG